AAAGUAUCACUUGAAACCUGAAGGAAUAAUCUGUACUCUCUCUCCCCAUCUGUACUUUCUCUCCCCACCCUCUCUCUCUGUGGAAAGAUAGAGGUCUUAUACUUUCCGGAAAAAAAAAAAAAAAAGAUAGAGGUCUUAUACGCCCCCAACCUUUUGCAGAAGCAUGGGUUUAAGAGUUGGGCUCUUAUUUUUUACCAUAUUGAGCGCUAGCUGGGUUUGUCAUGCUAGAGAAACGAUUUUUGAUCCAUCUACAAGAGAGAGUGUGAUCUCCAAUGUUGCAGUUCUGCAGAUAAAUCACCAAGAGUUAGAAAGGGGAGUUCAAGAUGCAAAGGAAGUUGACAUGAAUGACAAUGCGUGCACGUUGUGUGAAGAGUAUGCCACAAUGGCACUUGCGUAUCUUGCUGAAAACAAGACCCAAACAGAGGUCAUUGACCUCCUUCAUGUGGCCUGCUCUCAGCUGCAAUUCCUCAAACAGGAGUGUGUCACUAUGGUGGACUAUUAUGCUCCUCUUUUCUUCUUAGAGAUAGACUCAGUUCAACCUGCAGAGUUCUGUCAAAAAAUCAAAUUUUGCCAACAAAUGGUAAUCAUCUCUCGGGCACUGUCAGAGGAUAGCUGUGGGCUUUGCCAUCGUGCUGUUGCAGUUUCUUUGUUAAAGUUAAAGAAUCCUGAUACCCAGUUAGAAAUAGUUGAGUUGCUUCUGAAGGCAUGUAAUACUGUUGUUGUGGAGAACUACGUGGAAAAGUGUAAGACUUCGGUUUUCGAAUAUGGGCCUCUGAUCCUCAACAAUGCGGAGAAGUUUCUUGAAACAACAGAUAUAUGCACUGCACUCCACGCUUGUGAUUCGCCUACUGCUGGUAACAAGCAAGCGUCAUCCUUUGCUUUCUAAAUCUUAAUGAUGGUAGCAAAAGUGAACUUUGAAAAUGUCAUGCUGCAAACAAAUUGGAGUAUGUUGUUUGUAUGAUAACUAAAUUAUGACUUGAUAUCUAUGUUGUAAAGUAUCUGUUAUCAAAAUUUAGAUUACUGUCAAGAAUCACUAUAUCAUGAACGUCAGCAUAAUUACAGGAAAAUUCAAUUUAUAUAAACAUCUCCCGCCAUGCAACAUUUCCCAAUAUAGAAACCUUUCUGAA